UUCAUGUUUGGCGCGAAACCUCUCGGGUGGGUGAUGUAACGCAGCACAGCCUUUCGCCCCUGGCGAUCGCGAAGUCGCGAAAAUUGCGGACGGGUUUUGGACCAAGUGGUGGGCGCUCUUCUGCCUCGCCAUCCCGACCGCCACCAGCAUCGCCCUCCUCGUCGCCGACGCGGAGACGCGAGUCUUCUCCAGCCCCGCGUCCGACUUUAUACGAGAGAACCGCGCCUCCACGCAGCUGGUGGUGCAGGUGUUAUCGACCCCCUGACUUUGCUGCAGAGUCUGGCCGCCUGCCACCUGAUUAAGUACGGCGGGAUCCUCCAUUUCGCCGAUGGGCCGCACAUGACGACGAGGCAGCUCCGGGGGUGGAGGAGCAUGACGACGGUCAAGAUCGACACCAACGUCUCCCUCGCCCACAUCGCCCCGGCCGCCGCCGCCGUCGCCAUGGCCGUCACGGCCUUUGGCAGCACCAGCCUGACACAGGAAUACCCGUUCGAGGUGGAUGCCACAGGGCCGUCGGUCCAGACGCGCCAGGGCACGCUCGGCUACUCGGCGGGCAUCAAGAACAUCGACGCGCUUAUAUCUUUGGCCGUCUCGGCCAACCCCGGCCGGCGGUUCAUCUACGUCGGCCGCACCGUGAGCUACAGCUACAACGAGAAGGGCUACGAGGCCGUGCACCGCCUUCACAAUCUGGGGGCCAAAUCCUCGGGCGCGUGUUCCCGGUCGUCGGCGGCCAGCAGGACGCAUCGGGCGCUCAGCGCGACGCAAUGCACCGUGGAAUUUAUGCCUGCGCGCUUCAGCUUUAACGUCAGCCUGGUCGACCGGAACAUCUCAGUCGCCAAAAUCGAGCGCGGCCUGGGACGCGCGGGCGCGGUCCCGGAUGUGGACCUCGAGAGGAGCCUAACCACGGCCCUGAUGCGGCAGUUCCAGAUCAUAUCCAACCACCUCACUAACCUGUACGAGUUGGUGCUGGGCAACGCGCUGCUCGCCAGCGUUGCGGCGUGUAACAGUUCCAACAACGCCGCCGAGACGGUUUCCCAGGAGCGAGCCACGCUCGCGGGCGUGGAGAACGCCCCUGGUCGUUAUAACGGACGACAUGCUCGCCAGCUUCCGAGGCGGAGCCCUGGGCGCCGGCGGGGAGACGUCACCAAUGUCGAACCGGCACUUCGGAUCCAAGAGAGAUCUAAGCUCACCGUUGUUGCACGAGCGGCGGCCAAGACAUAG